AUGUCGAGCACGACUACCGAGGAAAUUCAAUUUCGUAACCCAUUUGGAGACGAAAACGCUCCCUCCGCGCCUUCUUCCAAUGGGUCAAAAUCUCCACCUAGCCUGUCCUCGACGCAGGCCAGAAACUCAGCUCGAAACUCUUUGGUUAUACAACGCUCAGAUGACUCUGCAAGAUUCAUCGCUUCGAAUGAAAAUAGUAUCAGUGAGGAAAAGCAUAGAUUCCGGAGCUACAAGCUUGUAGGCGAAUACCAACAACCCUGGAUUCUGGAUAAAAGGCUGCACAGGACCCGCAUCAACAACUACAUCGUGUGGGGAUUCAUCGCGCUUGGCUUUCUCCUUAGCGCGUGGAUUUGCUUCAGUACCAUAAAAAAGAUUCCAAAGACAAAAUAUUGCUUGGUCCUGUCCGAUGAUUUCCAAACUAUUGAUCCUACUAUCUGGAAUCAAGAAGUGCAGAUUGGCGGCUUCGGUACUGGCUCUUUCGACUGGACAACGACUGAUUCUAAAAAUACCUACACGGACAACAAAGGUCUACACAUCGUGCCGACGCUUACCAACGAAACUACCAACAUCUCCAACCAACAAAUCUUUGACGGCUACUCACCCAACUUGACCCGUGCAGGCGGGGAUGGAUCAUGCACAGGCAACACAACCGUCGCCUGCGCUGUUCGUUCGAACGCCACGACCGGAAGCAUAGUACCGCCUAAAACCAUCAAGUAUAGUAGAAUUGAAGUGAAAGCCACCUUACCACAGGAUGACUGGCUAUGGCCUGCAAUUUGGAUGAUGUCCCAAGCCUCUGUGUAUGGCCCAUGGCCCGCUAGUGGAGAGAUUGAUAUCUUAGAAUCUCGAGGCAAUGGAGUCGGUUAUCCCGGCGAGGGCUGUGACUACAGUGCCAGCACGUUGCAUUGGGGACCGACCCCCAAAACUGAUGCUUACUGGCGCUCCUUGGGAGACAAACAUCUCACCCGAGAUGACUACUCAUCAGGCGUGCAUACGUUCGGCUUGGAAUGGUCCAAAGAUUACAUAUUUACCUACCUAGACUCGCGGCUCAAUCAGGUCUUGUAUUGGAACUUCAAGGGCGACCGAACCCUCUGGCAGAGAGGCUAUUUCUCGCAACAGACGGAAAAUUCAACGCUGCUUGUCGAUCCUUGGAGCCAGACGGGAAAUACCAACACCCCAUUCGCCCAGCCCUUCUAUCUCAUCCUCAACGUGGCUGUUGGUGGGCAGACAGGUUGGUUUCAAGAUGGCAAGGGCAGCAAGCCAUGGCUAGACAAGAGCCCAAACGCGGGGUCUGAUUUCUACAAGAAGGUAGACCAGUGGUAUCCGACAUGGGGCCCCGGCGACGAGCGCGGGAUGACGGUGAAGUCGGUGAAAAUUUGGCAGGAGGGCGCUUGCGGCUGA